GGAGCGGCCGGGCGGAGAGCGCGACCCGUCCCGGGGGUGGGGCCGGACACAGCGGCGAGAGGAGGCGAAGGUGGCCGCUGCAGCAGCGCGGAAGCCUUGGACCCGACCCCGGCCCGGAGCGCAGAGCGGCCGCCGCAGGUCCCCGCUUCCCUCCCGGUGCGCCCGUCCAUGGCGGCCGCGGGGCAUCUUUGCCUGUUCUACCUGUCGGCGGGGCUCCUGGCCCGGCUUGGCUCAGCCUUCAACUUGGACACCAGCGAGGACAAUGUGAUCCGGAAAUCUGGGGACCCCGGGAGCCUCUUCGGCUUCUCGCUGGCCAUGCACUGGCAGCUGCAGCCCGAGGACAAGCGGCUGUUGCUUGUGGGAGCCCCACGGGCGGUAGCCCUGCCUCUGCAGAGAGCCAACAGAACCGGAGGUCUGUACAGCUGUGACAUCACCUCCAGGGGACCUUGUACUCGCAUUGAAUUUGAUAAUGAUGCUGACCCUUCCUCAGAAAGCAAGGAAGACCAGUGGAUGGGAGUCACCGUGCAGAGUCAGGGGCCAGGCGGCAAAGUGGUGACCUGUGCUCAUCGAUAUGAAAAGAGGCAGCACGUUAACACAAAGCAGGAAUCGCGAGACAUCUUCGGGAGGUGUUACGUCCUGAGUCAGAACCUCAGGAUCGAGGAUGAUAUGGACGGAGGAGACUGGAGCUUCUGUGAUGGCCGACUGAGGGGCCAUGAAAAGUUUGGUUCGUGCCAGCAAGGUGUAGCAGCUACUUUCACUAAAGACUUUCAUUACAUUGUAUUUGGCGCCCCAGGAACUUACAACUGGAAAGGCAUUGUUCGUGUAGAGCAAAAGAAUAAUACUUUUUUUGACAUGAACAUCUUUGAAGAUGGGCCUUAUGAAGUUGGUGGCGAGACUGACCAUGAUGAAAGUCUGGUUCCUGUCCCUGCUAACAGUUACUUAGGCCUGCUGUUUCUGACCAGCGUUUCCUCUACCGAUCCUGAUCAGUUUGUUUAUAAAACACGGCCUCCCAGGAAGCAACCUGACACAUCCCCUGAUGUGAUGAUGAAUAGCUACCUAGGUUUUUCUUUGGACUCAGGGAAAGCUAUUGUUUCCAAAGAUGAGCUUACUUUUGUAUCUGGAGCUCCAAGAGCCAAUCACAGUGGAGCUGUGGUUUUGCUGAAAAGAGAUAUGAAGUCUGCACACCUCCUCCCUGAGUACAUAUUUGAUGGGGAAGGGCUGGCUUCUUCAUUUGGCUAUGACGUGGCUGUGGUGGACCUCAACAAGGAUGGGUGGCAAGAUAUAGUCAUUGGUGCUCCACAGUAUUUUGACAGAGAUGGAGAGGUUGGAGGAGCAGUGUAUGUCUACAUUAACCAGCAAGGCAGAUGGAAUAACGUCAAGCCAAUUCGUCUUAAUGGGACCAAAGACUCUAUGUUUGGCAUUGCAGUCAAAAAUAUUGGAGAUAUUAAUCAAGAUGGCUACCCAGAUAUUGCAGUUGGAGCUCCCUAUGAUGAUAUGGGGAAAGUUUUUAUCUAUCACGGGUCUGCAAGUGGAAUAAAUACCAAGCCAACGCAGAUUCUUGAGGGUACAUCACCUUAUUUUGGAUAUUCGAUUGCUGGAAAUAUGGACCUUGAUAGAAAUUCCUACCCUGAUGUUGCUGUUGGUUCCCUCUCAGAUACUGUUACUAUUUUCAGAUCUCGGCCAGUGAUUAAUAUUCAGAAAACUGUCACCGUGACUCCUAGCAGGAUUGACCUUCGCCAGAAGAUGUCAGCAUCGUGUGGGGCGCCCAGCGGGAUAUGCCUCAAGGUUAAAGCCUGUUUUGAGUACACUGCCAAGCCCACCAGUUAUAAUCCAUCCAUAACAAUUGUGGGCACACUUGAAGCUGAAAAAGAGAGAAGAAAACUGGGGCUGUCCUCACGAGUUCAGUUUCGAAACCCAGGCUCUGAGCCCAAAUACACUCAAGAACUGACCUUAAACAGACAGAAGCAGAGAAUGUGCAUGGAGGAGACCCUGUGGCUGCAGGAUAAUAUUCGAGAUAAACUGCGCCCCAUCCCGAUCACGGCCUCCGUGGAGAUACAGGAGCCGAGCUCUCGUAGGCGAGUGAAUUCACUUCCAGAAGUCCUUCCCAUUCUGAAUUCCAACGAACCCAAGAUGGUCCAAACAGAUGUGCACUUCUUAAAAGAGGGAUGUGGAGACGACAACGUGUGCAACAGCAACCUUAAACUAGGAUAUAAGUUUUGCACCCGAGAAGGAAAUCAGGACAAGUUUUCUUAUUUGCCAAUUCAACAAGGUGUGCCAGAACUAGUUCUCAAAGAUCAGAAGGAUAUUGCUUUGGAAAUAACAGUAACCAACGGCCCUUCUGACCCAAAGAAUCCCUCCAAAGAUGGUGAUGAUGCCCACGAAGCCAGACUCAUCGCCACCUUCCCCGACACGCUCACUUACUCUGCGUACAGAGAACUACGGGCAUUCCCUGAGAAACAGCUGAGCUGUGUUGCCAACCAAAAUGGCUCGCAAGCAGAAUGUGAGCUGGGAAAUCCUUUUAAAAGAAAUUCCAGUGUUACUUUUUAUUUGAUUUUAAGUACAACCGAGGUCACCUUUGAUACUACAGACCUGGAUGUUAACCUGAAGUUGGAAACAACAAGCAAUCAAGAUAAUUUGGCUUCAAUUACAGCUAAAGCAAAAGUGGUUAUUGAACUGCUUUUAUCGGUCUCUGGAGUCGCUAAACCUUCUCAGGUAUAUUUUGGAGGUACUGUGGUCGGUGAGCAAGCUAUGAAAUCUGAAGACGAAGUGGGAAGUUUAAUAGAAUAUGAAUUCAGGGUAACUAACUUAGGCAAACCUCUCAAAAACCUUGGCACGGCAACCUUGAAUAUUCAGUGGCCCAAAGAAAUUAGCAAUGGCAAAUGGCUGCUUUAUCUGGUGAAGGUGGAAUCCAACGGAUUGGAAAAUAUAGCUUGUGAGCCCCAGAGUGAAAUAAACCCCCUGAACCUGAAGGAGUCUCACCACUCCAGAAGGAAACGGGAAAUUGCUGAAAAGCAGGUUGAUGAUGGCCGCAAGUUUUCUCUGUUUGCUGAAAGGAAAUACCAGACCCUGAACUGCAGCAUGAACGUGAACUGUGUGAACAUCAGGUGCCCGCUGCAGGGCCUGGACAGCAAGGCCUCCCUUAUCCUGCGCUCGAGGUUGUGGAACAGCACAUUUCUAGAGGAAUAUUCCAAACUCAACUACCUGGACAUCCUCAUGCGGGCCUCCAUUGAUGUGACAUCUGUGGCUGAGAACCUCAAGCUACCCAAUGCAGGCACGCAGGUUCGUGUGACCGUGUUUCCCUCCAAGACGGUGGCUCAGUACUCAGUGAUACCCUGGUGGAGCAUCCUCGUGGCUAUCCUGCUUGGGAUUUUGAUGCUUGCUCUGUUAGUGCUUGCUCUAUGGAAGUGUGGAUUCUUUAAACGCUCUAGGUACGAUGAUAGCGUCCCCCGAUACCAUGCUGUGAGGAUCCGGAAAGAAGAGCGAGAAAUCAAAGAUGAAAAAUACAAUGAUAACCUUGAAAAGAAACAGUGGAUCACAAAGUGGAAUGAGAAUGAAAGCUACUCCUAGGGCGACUAAACAAAACAAAACCAAAAAACUGAUUGUCCCUACCCAAAACGCUUUCCUUCCCUUCCGACUCAGAAAUUCGAGUGGAUUCCAAAGCCUACUGGAUGCCCACAGAUUGAUUUCCAACCCCACGACUCAAAGUGGGAACCUACAGUUGGAACUGUGGAUAUUGUUACGUAGCUUGAGGCUCCUAUUUUGCACAGCCAAAUUUAAGACUGUUGAAAUGGAGUUUUCUUUACCUGCCUUAAUUUAACUUUCCAGGUUGCCUUGGUUUAUGGCACUGCCAACGUAGAUGUGCCAGGGAGGGGCCUGCCCAGAUACACUUGGGUAUAACAUCAUGUUGGCUUAACAGGAGAAAGGCACGUGCCAGCACUUGACCUGACAGAGGGGCCGAACUAACCUUGACAGGUGUUGCUGCAUACUGCCUUGUCCUAGCCGGGUUAGCUGUCCUGCUGUCCCUCUUUGCUAAAACACAUAGGCAUCACAGACUUGAAUGCUAGUUAGACUUAUUUGUAUGGUAUUUAUUUUUGUUUUUGGUUGUGUUUUUUUUUUUUUUUUUUUUUUGGUUUCUUUUGCAAAUCUUUUUGUUGCUGACUAACAGGCCAAAGACUCUCCAGUUUUACUCUUCAGGGAGAUUGAAGCAAUCAGAACCAGAACACAGGAGGUCAUUGGUUGGACUGCAAUUACUGACUGUGAGAAGAAAAUAAUAGCUCUUUAUAAAUGGACCAGGGAAUUGUUUUAAUAACUGAAACUUGUCUGUCAAUAAGAACAUCUGCUUCCUGGCAGCCCCGUCCCUGCCCAACCUCAAAAUGUUAAAAAAAAUAAGAUUAAGUGUCUAAUUCUUAUCAGACAAUGAAUAUUGGUGGGGGGUUUUGGUUUAUUUUUUUAGUUUAGAGCUCAGUGUGAUAUUUCUGGAUUCACACUGUGACUUUCAGGAAUUCUUGGGGAUGUACUCUCAGCUGCACGUGCUUGUUGUAAGUUUAAGACUUGAAAGCAACAAUGAGUGCCGAUGGGGGGUCUGAUCCAUUGUAAGACUACUGAGACUGCUGCCCAAGUGGGACCCCUUGCCAAGUGGAACCUCGCCACUUCUAAGUUUCCAAAGGUCAGGGGACCCUUGUAAUCAGUGAGUUGACGUUCUAUCUUUUUGUCUUGUCUUCUCCCUUAUCCCUAUCUGCCUCAAACCCUUUACUAAGAACUUUAAAUUGUUUUCAGAUUGUAAAAAUGGUGGGUGGGGAGAGGGCAAUGGGGAAGGCAGUUAUUAUUCUAUACAUUGAAUAGAUAAAAAAGCUGAGGUUUUAAUUAUUGUGCUUCAAGAUGUUAAAUUAUAUGGGGCAAACAGGUGCUAAUUUGUUGGGAUGUUAUUUCAAUGUCUUCGUCUUUUAAGACAUCAAAGGAUAGUUGUGUUGCCUGGGUGCAGCACAUGGUUGUUUUGGAAUUUUCUUUUUUUCCAGAGCUCUUACACCCUUUAGAUACUAAAGACAUUAUUCUUGUAGUCUUGGAAUUUCCAUCCACAAAAAAUAGCUUUACAGAUGCUAUUUUGUUUACAACAUUUUCUCUAAAACAGGUCGUAGCAUUGUUGAAAGUCUCUUGUCUCAUGCUUGGGAAACUGGGAGCCAAAUGCAGGCCGGUUUCCAGGUUACUGAGGAGGUGAUGAUUUUUUUGACAGUGUUUACAGACCUUCACUAUAAAAAUAUGAAUGUCCUGGGGAGGGAAAUGGGGGGUGGGGGGUUGGCAGCAGAUGCCUCAACAAAGAAGCAAGAUAUUAGGUAUGGUGUUUAAAUUGAUAGUUGUUAAAAAAAAAAUGUCAUCUCAAGUCAAGUCACUGGUCUGUUUGCAUUUGAUACACUUUUAUACUAACUAGCAUUGUAAAAUUAUUUCAUGAUUAGAAAAUACCUGUGGAUAUUUGUAUAAAAAGUGUGAAAUAAAGUUUUUUAUGAAA